UCUGGUUCUGAGGGGCUGUAAUCCUCAGAGGGGCUUCACUGUGGUGGAGGAGCUCCAGAGAAGCUGCCUCAGCAUGCCCUCCGCCCUGAGCAGAGCGCUCCACGCCGCGGCGUUCUGCUGGUACGCGCUGGUGGUGAAGAGCCUGAUGGAGAAGGACGGGGAGCAGCUGCCGGCCGGGAUCUUCGUCUACGGAGGGCCGUGGAAGUACCUGACCUUCCUGAACCUCUUAAUGCAAAUGUCCUUUUUUGGCCUGGCGACCCUGAAUGACCUCCGAGCUGCGAAGCACCCCGAGAGUCCCCUGAGCCGGGGCACUGACCUGCUCUUCUCUGUGUUCGUGUUCCCCGUCGGCAUGUUUGUGGUUCUGCUCUUCUGGACGAUCUUCGCCUACAACAGAGAGUUAGUCUACCCGGCUUCUAUCGACAGCUUCUUCCCUCCCUGGAUAAACCACGCGAUGCACAGCGGCGUCCUCCCCGUGCUGCAGCCUCACCGCUUCCCCCCCACCCGACACGCGCUGGCCGCUGUCGGCUCGGCUUACCUGAGUUGGAUUGUGUGGGUCUACCUGUCCGUGGGGGUCUGGGUCUACCCCCUCAUGGCCCACUUCAGCUCCGCGGGCCUGGCGGGCUUCUUCCUCGUGAACAUGUCGGCGGUGGCGUCGCUCUACGUGCUCGGAGAGCAGCUGAACGGCCGCGUGUGGAGUGAGGAGCUUUGCAUUGACCCGGGGGCGACCUCACCGAGGGGCUCAUGUUCAUGA